AUGACCAGCUUCGGGUUUUCGAUAGGUGACGUUGUCUUAGUUGCCAAUUACGCAUACUCUGUUUACAAGUCAUGCAAGAACGCAGGUGACAACUUCCGCGAGAUCACUGCGGAUAUCAACUCACUACAUUCCCUUCUCAAUGCCCUGAGCAAUGAGUACGAAAAUCCUCGUUCCUCGUUCCGGUAUCUCCCACCCGACCAGGAAGGCCAGUUGGCAGCUCGUUUAGAAGACUGCAAAGCUGACCUUCGUUCGGUAAAGACGAUAUUGAACGACUUCCGCUCGCUCGACACACACCAUGCACGGUACCGCGACAAGCUUGCAUUCACGAGUGAGAAGCAAGCAGCUAUACGGGAGAAGAUAGUUGCACACGGCGCUCGGCUGCAACAGUUUCUGAGUGGUACAAAUGUCGCGACAUUCUCCAGGAUCGAGAACAACACUGAAGUGAAUGGUCACAUUUUGCGUGAAAUUUACGUAAAGGUGGACAUGAUUCAAAAGGACAGAUUCCCUUGUAGACGCAAUGCCCCGGAACGCGCUCUCUCUGGAAACGGGCUGACCUUGAAGAAUAAGACCCAAAAAGCCAUUACGUCUAGCCUACGCAACGCCUCGAAAAUCACUCUCACUGGGGACGCACUAGCCCCAGAGAAUAUAACACCAAAGGCUAUGACCUCUGGCCUACGCAAUACCUCGAAACGCACCACCUCUGGAGGUGAGCUAGCAUCAAAGAACAAGACCCACAAGAACAAUAAGACGCAGAAAAAACACAAAUUGUUCUCCAGGCAUCAGUCGAAUCUAGCACAUGGCAUCUCCAUCUCCGUGGCAGAAGCUAUCGAUGGCUGGAGAAGAGAGAUACGCCAUCCCAGUGGUACCCUGAUCGAACUCCAUGCGUACGGCCCAACAAACGUUCGACAUUUUUUGGAGAUGUACAACUAUGGACUUCCUUACCGCACCUCCCCCGAGGCUCAUGGAAGCCUACUUCUCUGGAUUCAAGUCACAGAUAUCGAAGACGCCUCUGUGGGUCAGCUAGAUCAGCUGGAGUAUGAAGGAGGAGCAUACUUUGCGCGGAUCAAAGGAGAGGAAGGUCGAAGAUUCGAGUCUACCCACGAAGAAGCAGUCGAUCUACUGGCUUUUGGGGACAAGGCCAUAUCACACAGCAAAUUGUUGAGCGCUGGUUUUAAGAAGCGCAUGAACGAUGUGGAAAAGUCACCCCGUCGCAAGGUCACGCCCACCGAGGGGAAGAAGAGACCGCGUUCUCCAUCGCAUUUGUCGUGA